AUGGCUUGCACAACAGAGUACUCCGUAGAAAACCCCUUGAAUCGGGAACCGCCAACCAGGGCCCUCGUCUCGAGUUUUGUCACGCCAUCCAACAUCUCCUAUGACCGUAAUCAUGGUCCAAUUCCCCAUCUUUCAGCUUCAGACCACCGUGUCCGUAUCGAUGGAUCAGUCUCGCAGCCGCUUGCAUUGUCUAUCCACCAACUCGCCACGGAAUUCCCCCAGCAUGAAGUCACAUGUGCGCUAGAAUGCGCCGGCAACCGCCGCCAUACCAUGAGGACCCUGCUCAAGGAAGUCGAAGGCAUCGACUGGGGCGAUGCAGCCGUCAUGAACUGCAAAUGGCGCGGUCCGCGACUGCGCGAUGUGCUCGUCCGUGCGGGAGUGCAGGGUGGCAAUACAGAUGGCCUGCAUGUGGCUUUCUCAUGUUAUCAGGUCAAGUGUCAAGAUGACGAUUGGUUUGGAGGCAGUGUGCCCCUAGAGCGGUGUCUAAGAGAGGAUGCGGAUGUCAUUCUUGCGUUGGAGGUGAGUAUAUGCUCUAGUUCAGCGCCAUAUGAAUCCUGUCAUUGA